GCAUAGAAAUUUAUAUUUUACGACGCAUAUCAAUAUCGCCUCCAAUAUUCAAAAGAGCACUUUACAGGAUGAAAGUGCUGCAAAUAUAUGUAGUCCUGGUUUUCUUAGUGGUGGAAAACCAAAGUCGAGUGGUUACACCGCAUCAAAACUGUAGGAACAAUGUGUGUUACUUUGAUUUUGUCGUGGACUACAAAUUCACCAUGAUGUGGUACAAUUACACCAACUUUGAUGAUCCCCAGUUUCAACCUGUUGUCUUCAAAGACGGAGUCUUACAACGACGAGUGACCAAUGUGGUGUGUAGGGAGCAAUUCAUUCCACUGACCAGAGAAGAGCUAAGGGACGACGUAAGUACAGGCGACGGACGGUAUAAACUGGUGUACGCCAUCAACGGGGAAAUCCCAUCACCCAACAUUGUGGUAUUUGAAGACCAGAUUGUCUCUGUCAACGUUUACAACAAACUAGAGGUGGAGGGUGUAGCAAUUCAUUGGCAUGGUAUGUUACAUCGAGGCACACCAUGGAUGGAUGGGUCCAGCAUGAUAUCACACUGCCCAAUACUUCCGGGGCAAACGUUUGAAUAUAGGUUUGUUGCCUCCCCUGUGGGAUCACAUUGGUAUCAUGGUCAUGUUCAUAGCUUGAGGUCAGAUGGUCUAGCAGGUGCUUUCAUCGUAUUGCCAAGGAUUCGACCACCUUUAGUUAUGCCAUCAGAAAUAAUUCCUGCCGUAGAGGCCGAGUUCACUGCUGUACUUGUCGAUUGGUUAAGGACUUCAGCAAUCGAGAAACUUCAAGCAGUUAGAGGCGAAUUCGCAUUUUUUGAUGAAUAUGAUAGCCAGUGCGUGCCACUCCCCACUAACUAUGAUGGUUCCACCUUUUUUACACCUCUAAAUAUUGGCCUUGUCAAUGGAAAAGGCCAAAAGUUUAUCAAUGGAAAUCCGAAUUUACCCGAGAGGGAAUACUUACCUUUGGAAACGUUUAGAGUGAGGCCAAAUCGGUACUAUAGAUUCAGAACAAUCAACGCGGGAUUUAAUAUAGCAUUUGAGAUUUCUGUUGAUGACCAUAUGUUAAUCAUUGUUGCAUUCGAUGGGAACGACGUAGAACCUUAUAAGACUGAUAUCGUUGUGACUCAACCCGGAGAAAUAGUGGAUUUCAUUAUAUUUACCGACAGACCUAUAGACAAUUACCGUAUUAAUAUCUUUUCAACUGCUACUAGUGUCGGCAGGCAACCUGUACCGUUUCGUGACCGUACCUACGCUAUAUUGAAUUACCAAGGAGUAGAAGAGAGCAGAAUACCGAUCAUCAGACAUAGAGAUUGUACUCAAACUAGACCAUGCUUAGCUGUCAAUCAGAUAUUUGGCCUCUACCCUGCCGGUGUCAACAUUAUUGGUAUACCAUUGACAAGACUUAGAUCCACUCAAUGGACAUUAAAGAAAACGCCAGUUCCAAUCGUUCAACCUGGAAGACGGAAGCAACUGUUUUUCCUGAAUUUUAAUGUCGAGCCUGGACGAGGAGCACAGAUAAAUGGAAUUCAGUUUGUCAGGCCAACCUUGGCACUUCAGACGUAUCCUGGUCCCGGCGCCACUACACCUUGUGGACCCGACACCUGUACAGGGACCCGCUGUUCAUGUACUCACACCCUCAAACUAGAUCUUGGAAACGUAAUAGAAAUGGUCAUAUUCUCCUUUGGUAAGACAAUGAUUUCAUAA